AUGCCUACCAAAUCCUCCUACCCAGAUAUCUCCAUUCCCGAAGUCGAUCUAUGGGGUUUCAUGUUCGAACGGAAAGAUAAACCGUUCUCUGAUGACCAGGUCAUCUAUCGAUCUGCUGUCUCGGACCGACAUUACACUUGGGCUCAAGCGAAGCAAGCAGCAAUCACCUUUGGCGAGGGACUCCAGGAAGAAUGGGAGUGGAAACGGGGCGAUGUCCUCAACCUUUACGUGCCAAACGAUAUUGACGUUGGUCCUGUCAUCUAUGGCACCUUUUACGCAGGAGGAGUCGUUUCCCCUGCCAAUCCGGGAUACUCUCCCGACGAAUUGGCCUUCCAACUCACCAACUCCGGAAGUAAAGCUGUUGUGACAACCAAGGCUUUCCUCCCUGCCGCGUUAAAAGCAACGAAGAAAGCCGGCAUUCCAGACGAUCGCAUUCUUCUCCUUGGAGAGCAACAUGAUGAGACUGGCAAGUUCCGCCACUGGAGUCGGCUGACAAAGUCUCUCGAGUCUCGAAUCCGUCGUCGAAAGGCACAACCAAAGGACUUGGCAUAUCUCGUGUACUCAUCCGGGACGACUGGCUUGCCAAAGGGCGUGAUUCUCACACACAGCAACAUCGUUUCCAACCUUUGUCAGCUCCACACUGCCUUUGGACAAAACUACUCCACUGGCAAGGACAAGAUCUUAGGCGUCCUACCAUUUUUCCACAUCUACGGUCUCACCUGCCUGGUGCAGCAGCCACUCCACCGCGGCGUCGAGGUUGUAGUCAUGCCAGGCUUCGAUCUGAAGCUCUUCCUUGAGUCUAUCCAGAAGCACAAGAUCUCCUACAUCUACGUAGCGCCUCCGAUCAUCGUCCGCUUGUCCCGAGACGAGGUAGUGAAAAACYAUGAUCUCUCAAGCGUAAAGAUGAUUACUUCAGGCGCGGCGCCACUUACGCGGGAAUUGGUCGAAGCAGUGCACAAGAAACUCAAGUUGAAGAUCAAUCAAGCAUACGGUCUGAGUGAGACCAGCCCGUUGGCCCAUCAGCAGAGUUGGGACGAGUGGCUCUCGAGUGUUGGUAGUGUGGGCAAAAUGGCCCCAAAUAUGAUGGCAAGAUACAUGUCAGCGGAAGGGAAGGAGCUGGGACCUGGAGAGGCUGGUGAAUUAUGGCUGGCUGGUCCCAACAUCUUCCAGGGCUACUGGAAGAACGAGACUGCAACCAAGGAUUCACUCGUGGAGGAAGACGGAAGGAUCUGGUUCAAGACUGGAGACGUUGGGUUCCAGGAUGAGAAGCACAACUUCUACAUCACUGAUCGAGUUAAAGAAUUAAUCAAGUACAAGGGCUUUCAGGUGGCCCCCGCAGAGCUAGAAGGCAAGCUCAUGGAUCACCCUCUGGUCAAUGACGUUGCAGUCAUCGGGGUCGAAGAUACAGAACAGCACACGGAAGUUCCACGGGCCUACAUUGUUCAUGCUAAACGUGGUAAGGAUGCUGGGGAGAAGGAGACUGGGCGGCCAAGCGACAAGGACAGCGAGAAGGAUGCCAACGAAAUCAUCGCGUGGGUCGCAGAAAAGGUCUCGAAUCAUAAGAGGCUCAGAGGAGGGAUCAGGUUCAUCGAUGAAAUCCCGAAGAGUGGGACUGGAAAGAUAUUGCGAAGAGUUCUCAAGGAGCGAGUCAAGGCUGAGGCGUCGAAGAGUGGCAAGUCGAAGCUCUAA